AUGCAGCGCAUUUCACGCUCUUGGAUGUUGAUCCUCAUCUUUACUCUCAAUAUCCUAGCCUGUGAAGCUGGGUGGGUUAGCAGGUAUCAGUGCGGUUCAUCGGAGUUAGGUGAUCCAUUGGAAAAGCCAUUCCGAAUUGACAGCCUCCAUGGUUCACUUGAGAGCUCGCCGAUAUUGUCAUUGUCAAUAUUGGCGGUCCACAACACAACAGAAGUUACAUGCAGCGAUCUCGACCUACCGUUGCUUGAGAGUUCCUUUCAGUUCCAUGUGCUCGGUAUCCCAGUUGGGCAUAUAGAAGGGUUUAACAGCGAGUGCCCUCUACCGAUCACCAACACCCUGACACCUCCAGAGGGCACACUUUUCUCAAAAUACGAGAUUUUGUACUCUAUUGGAAAUGCCCAUCGGCUCCAAACUGUCGUUGCAGAGAGUAGUUUCAGGACACGAGAUGGCUCCGAGCUUGAUUGUGUGGCAGUUAAGAUCACCCCAGAGAUCGGCACAGCAGCUUCUGUGAUAUUCACAUAUCUCCCCGCUGCAGUGAUGGCCCUGGUUAGCAUCGCUUCAUGGAAGACUCAUGCAAAUGAUGAGCUGGGAUGGACUUCGCUAUUUGAAAGCAGAGCCGCCUGGUCUAUUCUGGGCCCAAUGUGGGAAAUUAUUUCCGAUAUAGCUGGCUAUUUACAGUAUCUGCAGUUCAUCUUUCUGGCCGGGUCGCUUACCUUGAAGUACCCCGGAUUCUAUCAACCGAUAGUUAGCCAAGCGGCUUGGUCUUCGCUUCUCUAUUGGAUGGGCCCUAUUGAUCAUGGUUUCACUUACCCUGGAGUGGAAGAUGGCAUGUAUGUCACUAAUGGGUCUUACGGGCUCGAGUACAUGUCUCAAACACUUGGCUUUCCUCAGAUGCCGGAUAUCACGAUUGAUUCAUUUAUCAACCUCUCAAUACUCCUCUUUGCUGUCAUUAUCAUUUCUUUGAUUCUGUGUCUGGUAUUGUCACGAUUCAAUGGGGGGUUCCACCUGAGUUCAGUCUCGUGGAACGCGGGUUGUAUCAUUAUCGGCAUGGCUCUGUCCUUCUCUAGUCUUCCCCUCCUAUCCUACUUGUCCUACGAGUUAAUUCUCAUUGGAUAUCUGCCCAAUUACCGCAUCUUUAUAGUCGGAUUGUCUAUGGCAGUCCUUGUCUACUCCAAUUUUCUCAUCACUCGCCAUGUUCAACGUCAAAAGGGGCUCAACGAUAGCUCAUCUGCAGACUUUCCCCAGGACCGCAGAACAACCGAAUCUCCAAUGCAGCCUUGGCAGCAUCUGUCGCAGUAUCUGUCGCAGUACCUGCCAGCUGCAAUACCACUAUUACAAGGAAUUGUGAUUGGUGGAUUGCAAGACUGGGGCUUGGUGCAAGUCCUCCUGUUGAUGGGGACUGAAAUCACUCUUCUCCUACAUAUGGCCACCGCUGGCACUGUCCUAAGGAACAAUUCCAGCGCCGCAAGGUCUUCAUCUUCUGGCCAAUCUGUGCCUGAUCCCGAUAACCGAACUAUGGGAAUUGUGUUGAAUAGGAUGCGAGCAAAUCGACAGAAAAUGGACUUCGCUAGACUAUCUGAUUCCGGUAGUUCGGUAUCCUCAAGGAGAUCUGGUUUGCCGUUCGAUGCCUCCGAAAAUCCAACGAGCCCUUUCCCUUCAACACCAACCCAGGAAACAUACAUUACAGAUUUCUCUGCCUUCUAUAGGCCCCCACGACAUCACCACAAGGCUCCAGCGAAUCGAUCCUCUACACUCAAUAACUCGCAUGAAGAGCCUGCUGAAAAUAGCAGUGAUUCUCAUCCAUCAAACCCAUUUCGGGAUUCGUUUGACGAGCUUAUGGAACUGCCUAUCAGACCCAACGUCGACUACUCCAUGAGAGAGUCUGAUUUAUUCUACGGGAAAUUGGGCAAUGGCUCCGCCUCCUCGCCAGUACCAGUCUCGCAAGAGCUGCCAGAAGAGAGCCAAGAGAGUCGACAAACCCUGCGCGAGUGGGCAGCCGGGGCUGUAGAGACAUUGAAGCGUCCUAAGAAGAAGAAAAAGGAAAAGGGGUUUCAAGUCAUGAGACCACCGCGACCAAAUUGA